AUGUUUCCAGUCCAGCAAGCAUUCCCUGACCAGCUGUCUUCCAAUAUGGAUUAUCACGCUUUAUUACAUACCCAAAUUUACGACUACUUCCUCUCAGCUGGCAUGUACAGCUGUGGACAGGCACUUCUUAACUCCGAUUAUAACCUGCGACACCGGGCCAUGCAUGCUGCGGCUCAGCGAUGCACUACCGAGCCGCGUAUUGCCACACCCUCCCUAUUAUACUCGGGUUUUGGGAGCUCAUACUCGUCACCACGCGAGGAACCAUAUCCCACAGAGCAGGAGCAUCUAUCAAGAGCACAAACUGAGCCUGCCCUUCUAUACCAGUGGUUCUGUACUUUUUGGGAUACCCUAAAUUCCACUCAAGCCCAAUCUACUGGUGUUACGGUGCAACACUGGUCAAGCUAUCCACCAGAUCUACCGACACAUCCUCUCGAGACUGAGCCAAUGAUAUGCCAAGACCUCUUUAGUCUCCCGUCGUUCAGAUAUUAUCAAGUCUUUGCCUUCGGAAGUGGACAGCUUCGAAUUACAUUGCGCCAGCUGGGCACCAAAUUCCCCGCAGAGCGAUACCGCAUCGAUAUCGUCGAGAAAAAGAAAGACAAAUACUAAGGGAUUAUCGUCUUUUCAAAAGGCUCUGGGGGAGUUGAUACAGCAUAACGAGGGCAUAGUGAAAGGCCUGCGGCCACAGGUGAAGGAAGAUACCACGAAGCGUGGUUCGAAGCGGCCUCAACCUUAGACUUGGGAGAUAGCCAAUAAACAAAUCUAGAAUAACAG